ACAUUCCCGCCACUUUCCGUCGCUCAAUAAAAAAAAGUUCCCCCUCCUCGCUUCUUACCCUCCUCCUCUGCUAUCUUCUCUUCAGGCGUUAGAUCUUUCUAGGAAUGGCCAGAUCUGUGACCUCAGGAGCCAUCUCGAUGCUCCUCUCCAAUCCUUCUCCUGACUCGCCUACCGACUUGCCGGAGAUCAUCGUUCAGGUCGUCGAUCUGAAGCCCAUCGGCAGCAGCAGCACACGUUUCACGUUUAAGGCCAGUGAUGGGGAGAUGAAGCUUAAAGGGAUGCUUCCAACUUAUUUGUCUACAGAAAUUCAAUCUGGAAAAUUACAAAACCUAGGUCUAAUCCGUAUUCUGGAUUAUACUUGCAACUCCAUUCCUAAUCAGUCUGAAAAGGCUUUGAUAGUGACAAAGUGUGAAGUAGUUUCUCCUUCUCUUGAAUUGGAAAUUCAAAAUGAUGUAAAGAAAGAAAAGCCUGAUAUGAGUUUAGAAUCUAAGCAAGAGGAGUUUGUUAACAAUGCUGUGAAAAUAGAGGCACCUAUGGUAACAUUAAAAUCUAAGCAACCUAUGGUGUCAAAAUCUGCUGCCCAGAUUGUGCACGAACAGCAUGGAAAUGUUGCUCCUGCUGCUCGUCUUGCUAUAUCAAGAAGAGUCCAUUCUCUAGCUUCCUUGAAUCCUUAUCUAGGAAAUUGGACCAUUAAGGUUCGACUCACAAAUAAAGGGAGUUUGAGAUCAUACAGGAAUGCAAAAGGAGAAGGCCAGGUUUUUAAUGUAGAAUUGACAGAUGAAGAUGGCACUCAAAUUCAAGCUACAAUGUUUAAUGAAGCUGCAACUAAGUUUUAUCCUAGGUUUGAGUUGGGAAAAGUAUAUUUCAUAUCAAAAGGGUAUCUCAGAGUUGCAAACAGGCAGUUCACAACUGUAAAAAAUGAUUAUGAGAUGAAUCUAAAUGAGAACUCCAUUGUUGAAGAGGCAGAAGGGGAAGUUUUUGUCCCUGAAAUCAAGUAUAAUUUUGUCAAGAUUGAUCAAUUAGGGUCGUAUGUGAAUGGGAGGGAGCUCAUAGAUUUGAUAGGUGUUGUUCAGAAUGUUUCAUCAACUUUGAGUAUCCGGAGGAAAAGCAACAAUGAAAUGAUUCCAAAGCGAGAUCUUACUAUUGCAGAUGAUUCGAACAAAACCGUUACUGUCUCCUUGUGGAAUGAACUUGCCACAGAUGUUGGGCAGGACUUGCUAGAUAUGGUUCAUACCUCACCAGUUGUAGCCAUAAAAUGCCUUCGAGUAGGAGAUUUUCAAGGUAUAUCUUUGUCAACUUUAAGUAAAAGCACAAUGAUAAUAAACCCAGAUUUUCCUGAAUCAAAGAAGUUGAAGUCUUGGUAUGAUUCAAAAGGAAAAGGAACUCCAAUGGCAUCUGUUGGAUCAAGCUUGGUCUCUUCCACCAAAAAUGGAUUGAGGUCAAUGCAUACUGAUAGAGUUUUCCUUACUCAUAUAACUGAGAACCAAAGUCUAGGUCAAGAUAAGCCUGCCUUCUUCAGCAUAAAUGUCUACGUAAGCUUCAUUAAGCCUGACCAGACAAUGUGGUACCGAGCAUGCCCUACUUGCAACAAGAAAGUUAUUGAAGCUGUUGGUUCUGGAUACUGGUGUGAAUCAUGUCAGAAGAAUGAUGAGGAAAGCUCUUUAAGAUACAUAAUGGUGGUUAAGGUCACAGAUGCUUCAGGUGAAGCCUGGCUUUCAGUUUUCAAUGAGCAAGCUGAGAAAAUACUUGGAUGCUCUGCCGAUGAGCUCAAUAGAAUAAAAACUGAGGAGGGAGAUGAAAAGUAUCAACUCAAACUGAAGGAAGCAACAUGGGUUCCGCACCUGUUCCGGGUUAGUGUGGUGCAUACUGAGUACAUGCACGAGAAGAGGCAGAGGAUAACGGUUAGAGCUCAAGCUCCAAUGGAUUGCUUGGCUGAAUCAAAAUACCUACUGGAAGAGAUAGAAAAGAUGUCUGUAUGCUAAUGUUCUGUGUUUUAUAUCUAAUUUUCAGCUGUCUCGUUCUUUCUCUGAGCAAACUUUGUUACUUUGCAUUCUUUUUGUUUCCUCUGAAAGAAUGUACGCUCGAAGCAUGUGUAAUAUAUGUCCCAAUGUUCUUGAAGUAAAGUCCUAACAUCAUUAUUCAUUAAA